UAAUCCUCCUCCCGAUCAUUUGAUGCAGCUUUCUCCCUUGAAAGGCGCCUCUCUCCUCUCAAACGAGCCAAACUCAUCACCCUCGCAGAACCCUAACAUUAAACCUUACCAAAGUAAAAAAGCUCUAAUGGCGGAUCCCAAACCAGAUGUAUCGUUGAAAGAUCAAGGAAAUGAGUUUUUCAAGGCCGGAAACUACCUAAAAGCAGCUGCCAUAUACACUCAAGCCAUCAAGAAAGAUCCGUCUAACCCUACGCUUUACAGCAAUCGUGCUGCAGCAUUUCUAAAUCUUGUUAAGCUUCAAAAAGCACUCACGGAUGCUGAAACAACAAUAUCUUUGAAUCCUAGCUGGGAAAAGGGUUACUUCAGGAAAGGAUGUGUAUUAGAGGCCAUGGAACGAUACGAUGAUGCAUUGGAAGCCUUUAGGAUAGCUUCACAACACAACCCACAAAGUACAGAGGUGUCAAGAAAGAUCAAGAGAUUGACACAAUUAUCAAAAGAUAAAAAGCGAUCAGAAGAAGUCGACAAUAUGAGAUCAAAUGUUGAUUUGGCAAAGCACUUGGAUAGUUUCAAGUCUGAAUUGGCACAAAAGUAUGUAGUUGGGGAAUCUUGGAAAGAUAUAUUCUCUUUUGUUGUUGAAACAAUGGAGAAUGCUGUUAAGUCAUGGCAUCAAACAUCUAAUGUUGAUGCUAGAGUUUAUUUCCUUCUUGAUAAAGAAAAAACAGACACUGAAAAAUAUGCACCUGUUGUCAACAUUGACAAGGCAUUCGAGACACCCCACACACAUGGUGAUUGUUAUUCCUUUUUAAGGCAAUAUGCCACUGACUCUUUCUCUCAAGCAGCAUGCUUAGUUGCACCCAAAACUAUCAUUUCAUACCCACAGGUGUGGAAAGGACAGGGACCAAGGAAAUGGAAGCAUGGACAAAGUGAUGGAUUUUUUGUGCAGUUUGAAUCCCCUCUUCUCAGAAAAGAAUGGUUCAUUUCUAGUUCUUCUGAGAAGGCCCAAAUAUUAUGCAAGGAUCCAGUGGCGUUAGACAUCAGUGCCCAUGAAGUGCUUCCGAGGAUAUUUAGAGAUACCUAA